CCUCCUGCUCUGCUUUCACAAAAUAUUCUUGGAGUCACUCGUUAACCCAUCGAAUUGGUACACCUUUAACGACGCCGUAUAGAUCAUACGUAGCUAAAAGUUGAAAUUGCUUCCUACAGGAUGUAAGAUUGGGCGGGGUUGGCUAGAGACGGAAGAAAAUGCCGAAGAGAACAACCCACACGUACUCGAGCGAGGACGCCGCUCCAGAUGGCCCUGAUUCUGAUCUCUUCGUUUAUUAUUGCAAGCACUGCGGAUCUCACGUCCUCAUCACUGAUACCCAGUUGCAGAAAAUGCCCAAAAGGAAGACUGACAAAGCUUAUGUAUUGGACAAGAGCAAGCAUCUUGCAAGAUUGAACAUCAAUGAUGCCGGAAAAGUUCUUUUAAAACGUGGUGAAGGGAAAUUGGAGAAGCAAUUUCGGAUGAACUGUAUAGGUUGUGGGCUGUUUGUUUGCUAUCGUUCAGAGGAAGAUUUGGAAGUGGCUUCUUUCAUUUAUGUUGUUGAUGGUGCUCUUAGUACAGUGGCUGCUGAAACCAACCCACAGGAUGCUCCUGUGCCUCCCUGCAUAUCACAGUUAGAAGGAGGGCUUGUUCAAGUGGCCAUUGAGGUCGAAGACCGUGCACAACGCUCAGCAAUUACAAGAGUAAAUGCUGAUGAUGUUAGAGUUACUGUAGCUGCACCUGCUGCUCGCGGUGAAGCUAACAAUGAACUUUUAGAAUUCAUGGGAAAGGUUUUGGGUCUAAGACUGAGCCAGAUGACUCUUCAGAGAGGAUGGAAUAACAAAUCAAAGCUCCUUGUGGUGGAGGAUAUGUCAGCAAGACAGGUGUAUGAAAAACUACUUGAAGCUGUACAGCCCUGAAGGAGCUUCAUUGCUGCAUCUUAAUUUUUGCAAGAUUUUCUUGAUGAUCCUUAUUGUUUGUAUUAGCAGUGAUGGGACAUUUAACUGUAUUUGUUGAUUAAUGUUAUAAGUAUCUAGUAUCUAUUGUAGUUGCUAUCCA